AUGUAUACUAAAGUGUAUCGCUUUAUGAAAUACUUAGGGUUUGAAAAAUUGCCUCGUUCGUUUUGGACAAAUUCUGUUUUUAAAAGAAACUGGGCUAAGGAAAUGAUUUGUAAUCCUGCUACUUCGUAUGAUAUGGUAGAUAAUGAAUUUUAA